CGCGGCGCGGCGGCCCGGGCUGGCCCCGGUGUCAGUGCGAGGCGGGCCGGGCGCCCGCAGACACCUCCCUCCGUCACCACCGCCGCCGCCUCCUCCCGCCCGGCGGCGGCCGCAGCCGCCGCAGCGCCAUCGAUGGGGUCCGGCGGCCGCCGCGCUGCGGCGGGGGCGCGGGCGCUGCCGCUGCUGCUCCUGCUGCUGCCCGCGCCGGGCGUCCCCGCUGCCCUGCCCCUCACCGAUGUGGACGAAUGCGCCCUUGGACUUGAUGACUGUCAUCCAGAUGCUAUUUGUCAAAACACCCCGAAGCUGUACAAAUGCAUGUGCAAAGUGGGUUACACUGGUGAAGGGAAGAAAUGUGAAGACAUUGAUGAAUGUGAUAACGACUUCAAUGGUGGCUGUGUGCACGAGUGUUUCAACAUUCCAGGAAAUUAUCGCUGCACUUGCUAUGAUGGCUUCAUGUUGGCUCACGAUGGCCACAACUGCCUGGAUACAGAUGAAUGCAUGUUCAACAAUGGUGGUUGCCAGCAUGUUUGUGUCAACACUGUGGGGAGCUAUGAAUGUCGCUGUAAGGAAGGCUUCUUCCUAAGCGACAAUCAGCACACCUGCAUUCACCGCUCAGAAGAAGGUAUGAGCUGCAUGAAUAAAGAUCAUGGCUGUGCCCACAUCUGCAGAGAAACGCCCAAAGGAGGGGUUGCCUGUGAAUGCCGACCGGGAUUUGAGCUAUCCAAGAACCAGAGGAGCUGCAUUUUAACAUGUAAUCAUGGAAAUGGUGGCUGUCAACAUACAUGUGACGAUGCCGAUAAUGGGCCUAUUUGUGGAUGUCACCCCAAGUACAUCAUGCAUGUGGAUGGGAAAACCUGCCUGGAGAGGGAGGAGGCUGCCCUUGAAAUUUCUGAGGGGAACACUACAGCAGGAGCUGAUGUGGACAAGAGGGUAAAGCGACGAUUGCUCAUGGAAACGUGCGCAGUAAAUAAUGGUGGCUGUGAUCGUACUUGUAAAGAUACAUCAACCGGAGUUCACUGCAGCUGUCCAGUUGGAUUCACGCUCCAGUUUGAUGGGAAAACAUGUAAAGAUAUUGAUGAAUGCCAGUCCAAUAAUGGAGGCUGCGAUCAUUUCUGUAAAAACACUGUUGGCAGUUUUGAUUGCAGCUGCAGAAAAGGAUUUAAAUUAUUAACAGAUGAGAAAUCUUGUCAAGACGUUGAUGAAUGUUCUUUUGAACGGACGUGUGACCACACGUGCAUCAAUCAUCCAGGCACCUUUGAAUGUACUUGCAACAAAGGAUACGCCCUCUAUGGCUUCACACAUUGUGGAGAUAUUAAUGAAUGUAGCAUCAACAACGGUGGUUGCCAACAGAUAUGUGUGAACACAGCGGGAGACUAUGAAUGCCUGUGUCACUCUAACUACAAAUUACACUGGAACAAAAAGGAUUGUGUUGAGAUAAAGGAGCCCCUGCCUGAUAAUAUGUCACCCGAGGUAUUGCUGCACUGCAUUAAGAGUGGUGGGAGUGACAGAUGCUUCUUAAGCUGCUUGUCAGAUGUCCAGGUAGUUUCUGGAACACAAGAUGCCUACACCCUUACCUGUGGCCGCUCUUCUCAGCUUAAGAAAAAGCAGCAAAACACAAAUGCAUCCACUUGGCUGGAUACCUCAGCCAUCAAGAUAAGCGUAACCUUUAAGUUAAAUGAAGGAAAAUGUAGUUUGAAAAAGACUGACAUGUUUCAAGAAGGUCUGGAACAGAUGAUACCAGAGAGACAUAAUUCAGUAAUGGAGAGCUUCUACUAUGUAAACCUAACAUGCAGCUCUGGCAAGAAAGUUCAUGGACCCUUCAGUAGACUGCCAGCGACUAGAGAAAUUUUUAUCACUGCGGACUUUGAGCUUGAAACAAGCCAUGAAGAGGUGACAGAUACGUGUGAUGUGCGCUGUGCACGAAAAAAGACUGAAAAGAGGUUCCGUAAAACCAUUCGAACUUUGCGGAAGACAGUCAGCAGGGACCAUUUCCGUGUUCGCGUCUCUGGCGUGGACCAUGAAUUGGCGAGAAAGUCUCUCAAGCUAUCAGAGCCACAGGAAUCAUGUGGUGUAGGACAGAUGCAUGUGGUUAACAGAUGUGUUAGCUGCGGUGUGGGAACGUACUAUGAUGGGGAACGAGAAAGCUGUGUUUUAUGCCCUAAUGGAACUUACCAGGAUGAGGAAGGACAAAUAACUUGUGACUCUUGCCCCAGUCCUCAGAAUCCUGGAAAUCAAAAAUUAGCUGGAGCUCACAGUGUGUCUGACUGUGGAGACCAGUGCUCACCAGGUGAAUAUUCCCCCGAUGGCUUCAAACCCUGUCUGCCAUGCCCCCCUGGAACAUACCAGCCUGAAGCUGGGCGGGUGUCCUGCUUUCCCUGCGGAGGAGGUCUAACAACAAGAUACAGCAGUGCAUCCUUGUUUCAGGACUGUGAGACCAAAGUUCAGUGUUCACCUGGCCAUUUUUAUAAUACUACAACUCAUCGGUGUAUUCGUUGCAUAGUUGGGACAUACCAGCCUGCGUUUGGACAAAAUUACUGUAUUUCAUGCCCUGGAAACACCACUACUGAUUUUGAUGGGUCAACUAAUAUAACACAAUGCAAAAAUAGGCAAUGUGGAGGUGAACUGGGAGAUUACACUGGAUAUAUCGAAUCACCAAACUAUCCGGGGGACUAUCCUGCAAACGCUGAGUGUACUUGGAAUAUUAACCCACCACCAAAGCGCCGUAUUCUGAUUGUGGUUCCAGAAAUAUUUCUGCCAAUAGAAGAUGAAUGCGGAGACUACCUGGUGAUGCGAAAAAGCUCUUCUUCCAAUUCUGUGACCACGUAUGAAACCUGUCAAACCUAUGAACGCCCCAUAGCUUUCACUUCGAGGUCUAAGAAGCUGUGGAUCCAGUUCAAGUCGAAUGAAGGGAACAGUGCCAAAGGAUUCCAAGUUCCCUACGUAACGUAUGAUGAGGAUUACCAAGAGCUAAUAGAAGAUAUUGUUCGGGAUGGUAGACUUUAUGCAUCUGAAAAUCAUCAAGAAAUACUUAAGGAUAAGAAGCUGAUAAAAGCCUUGUUUGACGUGCUGGCGCAUCCGCAGAACUAUUUCAAGUACACAGCCCAAGAAUCAAGAGAGAUGUUCCCAAGAUCCUUCAUACGUCUGCUGCGUUCUAAAGUUUCCAGAUUUUUGAGGCCUUACAAAUAGUUGGUGCUGUACUUAAAGUACUAACCAGCCCUGGGCACGCACAGAGGGGUUGUAGUAGGUGGGGCUGCUUUCUGUGUUUUACUCAGUGGUGCAGAGACUCUGGGGAAGCUUACUAGCCAGCUCUGUUCUUGGCAGAGUUUGGCUUUCUCAGUGCAUACAAAUAUUUUGAUGACCAGAAUUUUGAUUCCUUUCCAGAUAAUACCUUUUGGGUACCCAGGAUACUUCAUGGGAGUGUGUAUUAGAGACUGACCAUAAUUUCUGUAAUGGGAUGGUGCCAGCAGAAUUUUGUAGAGCUCUGCCCUGAUGCUUCAGCAGCAACUUUAAAAGCUAAUGAGGACAAAAGCUAAGUAGUGGGUUGCCAUAAAUGCACAUUACUUCAACAAAGCUGGUUUCAUGUUCAGCCUCAUUGAAAGUGAGGACAAAAUUGGUAUCUCUCUUAACUUUUGCUGUGCAGGAAAUUCAGAGCUAAGAUUGAUUAGAUUUUUAAUCUAAACCAGUGAGUCCAAGAAUUGCACAAGAUGUCAUUUUUCCCUGAACUAUGUGUUGUAUGAGGCAUAUGGAGGAAUAAACAAAGUGUUGAAUGUUAGCUUGAAUACUCUGGGUCUGGAUCACACUAUAUUUCUCCAUAUUCAUGCUGAUGAUCCACUGGUUUAAAUGGAAAAACACCAGGAUGAAAGUCGGGCGCCACAGUAAUGGAAAACAGACCCUGACCCACUGCAUACUUCCAUUUUGGCCUGACUGCAAAUGCUACAACGGAACGGAUCCUUUGCUAAGUCCCAGCUAAGUCUUUCCCUGUAGGUAGGCCUGGGACAGAAUGAGGCAUCGCCUCUUCAAAGUUGUAUAAAAUUCUAUCUUCUGAGCACCCACAGCUGAACUCAUAAGCCCCAUUUUGAAUGCAGGCUUUGCAUGCAGAUUAUGCUGUUGUACAUUACUGUUUAAAUCUGUAUAAGGUUCUUAUACGGCCCUCAAUCUUUAUGUUCUUUAUCUUGUCUGAGCACCUUGCAAUGACCUUGUUGAGCAGAGCAGGGCUGCUUUCCCUGUCUUGCUGGAGAGGAGUGGAUGGGUGGAGAUACUCCUCAACCAGUGAAGGCUAUUCUGAAAGGGCCUGUAGGGACAACUACGAUGCUCAAAAUGUUUUUGUUGUCUGAAUGCUUUUCUGCCCAGUUAUGUUACAUCAUUGUCCUCUGGCCAUGCAAACUGUUUCUGCAGUGGGGUGUACUUUCUGGACCUUGUGUCUGGAAGGGAGACUGCCUCAAACCUGCUCUCUUGUACUUACAACCUGUUUCUUUCUGAAUAGGUCACCGGCAGUGCUCUGAGUGACGCAGCGGGUGCACAACUUCCUCUGUGCCCCCCCUUAGGAAAGGUACCACAAUUCUGCAGUGCAGCCAGGCCAAUUGUUCCCUUUUGUAGGGUUUGGGGUCAGAGCUCUUUGGGUUUCAUUGCACUGGCAUGUGGUAUUUAACCGUCGUAUGUGAACAAUACCACAUUCGCAGUAUGACAGAUGAAACUCCCAUCCAGAACCAGGGUCUGAGUCUCUUCCAUACAUUGCUAGGAGCAAAUGAAUGCCACCAAAAGCAGCCUUACUGCAUUGUCACACUAUGGGAGUCUCAUGCUGCAGCAUGCAAGACAGUGUAGCUUGUCACGUGGUGAGGGAUGCAUCUUGCUCCUGGCGUGAUGGGGAGGGGCAGCCCUCAGGCCACCGUUGGGGAGGAGACCCUCUUGGGACAGGUGAUAAGAUGCUGGGUUCCCUGUGGUGCUACUCAGAAGGACCUGCCGCGGUCUGGGUGGAGGAGAGGAGGUGCUUGUGCUGGUGCCAAGAGGGAGAAGUGUGUCCCGGCUGGCUAUGCCGGGGCUUCUGCUCUGACUCAGGCACUGCUUGUGUGUUCCUGCUGGCAUGGCGGUAGGUGCCCACUGCAGGAACUGGGCUGUCAGGGCUGCGGCAAGGGACAGCUAAUGAGGCCGAGGGCAUGAGGGAGGCUGGGGUAGAUCAGCAGGACGGAGGGGAGGGGACCCAGGCCCCUGUGCUUGCCUGGUUGGUGAGGUCCAGCCUGAACAGGUCCCCUGGUGCCAGAUGGGGAGGGACAACAGGGGUGAUCUAGAAGGAGACAGUGGAAUGGCUAAGGGAUGCUCAAGUGAGAGAAAGGGUGAUGGGAAAGGCAUGUGAUGUCUGUGGUGAAUGUAUGCUGCUGUGCUGAGCUCCCAGCAAGGCAUUUCAAGAUAGCCUCCCUUCUGACUGCAGGGCCUAGGAGUCUCGUGUCCAUGGCUCCCUGCACCAGGUGCAGCGUGUCAGUGAGUCACGGUGACCCACAAUCACUUGUGGGUGGUGCUGGAGCUCCUCGACACAGGCGAGAGGCUGCAGCAGUUGCCCUGAGUGGGUGGGUGCUGCAUGAGCUGCUUGUGGGCACUGGAGUGGCUCGGCUGCACUCCCCCAGGGAAGCAAGCCGCUUCUCACUGAAUUCCCUCAUGAGAAGGCUUCAAGUUUGAACAGCUCUUUUUUGUGUUGCCUAGUGACACACAAAUUGGAGUGACUGGUUUCAACAAGAGCUUGAGAAAAAAGUUGCGCAACAUCAAAAUAUUGUUCAUCAGUGCACUCAGGAUUUGUUGCACUGCACUCAUCUCGUAGGCACGCUGAUGUUCCAGCUCUGCAUGGCUCCUCUGUGACCAGGCUCUCAUCUUAGGUCUGCAUGGUGGAUCUCAACUUUGCCUCUCUGUUGCUCCAUGGGCAUGAGGCGUUUUUGCUGUUGUCUGUGGAAGUUUCAGGCAUGCGGAGGGAGAGGAAUGUGUUACUGGGGUGUGCGGAGCAGAAAAACCUGCUCUUUCUUGAAGAAGAAUCCUUUUUGCUCCGCAGCCUUGUUUUUUGUAGGUAAAAAGUAAAUGUCUUGGAAGCUCUUCUGUUACCUUUGAUAUGAACAUUACGAAUAAAAAUUCCCCUUUUACCGUAGAUACUGUGUGUGCGACACAAAGUGAAGAGGGAAUUUUUGCCAUCAUAAAUGUUGGAAGAAGUGAUAACUAUGGCAGAUUGUUGUAACGCUUGGUAUUGUAACUUCAUAGCAAUGGUAGUGGCUCCUUAGAAAUUUGAGUUUCUACUUUCUACGUGGUUGUAGACUGAUCUUAUUUUUUGGCAAAAGAUAAUUCAAAAAAUGUUUAACCUUAUACAACAGGAUUUAACUUUUGAAAUAAUUAGCAUUAACUGGAUGACUUAAUGUUGCUGAUGUGAAAUACUCAUAGGGCUCUCUUUCAUGACUGUAAAUUAGUGUAAAAUGUUUGACUUACUCUUAAUAAGAGAAAUAAACCAGUGACCUUUUAGUUGCAAAAGAA